GAAGCGUCGCGCGCACAACUCUGCGUGAGCUCGCUGUGUGUGUACCGUUCCGAUAUAAAUAUAAAGGAAAAGAAAAGAAAGCGAAUAGAGAGACGGAGAAAAAAAGGAUAAUUGGACUAAUAUAGUUUAACAAGACUGAGAGGAUUGAAAGGACUGUCAUCGUCGACUUGAUCACGUGUUUUCUUCCUCGCUCCUAAUUGGACAGAUCGCAAUGGGCGGGCGACAGACACUAUUCCUCGCAGCUGUGGUGAUCGCGCUCCAGGUUGUCAUGGCAACGGCGUCCUCAGAUGUGACGUCAGAGGAAGGGAACUCGAGACAGAAGAGGCUGAUCUACAUCCCUAUAACGGAUUUUUUCACCUACAACCAAAUCGUAACGAUCGGCUUCGCUCUCCUCCUGACCGUCGUCGUGGCUUCACUGGCUUACCUGAGCGAAGAUGUCUCCGGUUAUGAGGCCACGACGGGCUACCUGCCGCCACACAGACGCGUCAUCGACAGGAAUGGGAUGCUCAGUGAGUGGAGCGACGACUGGUACAAGUGGGUGCCGGUGCUCGACAACCUGAUGGGGGCAAUGGACAAGUACCAAGGAUUGUACCACUCUGCCUCAGACGUCAGCCAGGAGUGAUCGACACGCCCCUCGACAUGACCUCGACCUCGACCUUGAAGGAAGACUUCCUGAUGAUGCUUUGUGAACCAGAACCAGUUUCUUAAAUAUGAAUGAUGUGAUUUAUUAGAGAAGAAAAAAAAUAUUGUAGUCAGACAUACACAACUGACAAACAUAAGCAUGCAUAUAUAUAUAUAUAUAUA